AUGGAUGAGUCACCUGACUGCGUGUCCGGGAACAAUGAUUCCGGAAUCGAUAAGUCGGCAGCCGCUCCGGACGCGGACAUACAGAAGACACUGUUCUUCAACUAUCACGAGUACGCGCUCAGUUUGUAUCAAGAUGUCACAGCAUAUGGACUUGGUCCAUUAAUAGAACAUCAGAGAAGAAUUAUAGCGACGCAUUUUCCCAAUCCGUAUGCUGCACCGAAUACUGCAGACGCCAUGGAUACCAGGAUCGUGAGGAUACCAAGAUCUUAUGAGGUGGAAGCAGACAGGUACCCCCAAUUUUCGACGCUUCUCCCUGGAGAUGAGAAGGGUGCCUACACUGAUGGUGAAGGAACUAAAGAGUUUAAAAUUGUGGGUUGUGUUGAAGGACAGUAUUACGGAUACACUUCGGUAAGUCCGCUCUCAAGAUAUCUCACUGCUGACGAAUUCUUGCAAUUAGUUGAAGAUAUAAACAAGUUUUUGAAGCAAAGUUUUGACCCUCUUUCAUGGAAAACGUUUUUGUGGAACAUUUUUGAUACUGCCACUUUCUUCGUGUUUUCACACCUGCCUACAAAGUUGCUCUCUCCAGACGUGAAUGCAACACUCAGACUGGAAAGGUAUGUUGAAGAACAAAACGAAAAGUUUAGACAGAAGCAUGUGCCAGUUAAGAUAAUCAGACCGCGCAAGGGCGGGUAUCUCUCGCUGGACUUUCAGAUACCGAAGCCUACGCCUUGA